GUUCUUUACUAGUCCAUUAUCAUGAUUGUGUGCAGCUGAGACUUGUUGUACUAUAUAGGUAGGUAGGGUAACCCAGAGCCUCUGCAGGCAAGGACACCUUUUGCCGUAUUGCAACAGACUCCUGGAGACCUCGUCACCACACUGCAGUGCAUAAUGGAAGGCUUCAGGCGACUGGCCGACUCUGUGUUCGAAAAGGAGCAGUGGGUUAGAGAUCCGCCACCGCGCUACAAAUACAGCGCUCUAGAACUAAGCGAGGAUAUUAUCGGAGAGACGGAGAUCACGGAAUCACGAGGAGAGACUCGGUCCAAUGAUCGCUCGUUGGUGCCGAAGCCGCAGGACCGCUGGUCUCUGUUGACUCUAGCUCAACAUGAGCUCAGGGCCUGGUUUCUCUCAAAUAGCCGCAACCUUGAACCUGAAGUUUUGCCGAACAAUACCACGAAAGCAAGGCUGAAACUUCUUCGCCUAGGACGGCAGCCGGACAUGUCCCUCACCAUCUCUCGUGCAGUCUUCAACGAGCUGCUCUACUGCAUGAAGGCGGACCCCUCGGUGAAAUACAUGAUAUGCCGCAACUACGACGGCUUCCACGAAUACCACGGCCGGGGGUUUCUCUUGACAAGGUUCAUCGGCACGAGCGUCUAUGCGCUGGUCUGGACCUUUGACCCCACAACCCUCACCACAAGAAUGCUAUUUCUGCAGCGCCAAAACCGGCAAGACACCUUCCCGCUCUUCGUCGACCUCGUGCGCGCGCACCGCGCCUAUAUUUUCACGCCGUCCUUCCCCUGCUACUUAUCCUGCCACUUCCUGCUCCACAUUUCGGACCACGACGCGGGCGGCUGGGAACUGGGCGUCAUACGCCACGUCGAGGAACAAACGGGGUUCGGCCUCCAUCCCUUCGGCUGGCGCGGCGUCGAGCCCCUGAAACUGGUGGAAAAGUUUAAUAUCAAUCAGCUCACCAGCUGGCUUCAGGCUGUCAACGAGGUUGCGAUGAAUGCCAGCAACAGGAGCCGUCAUCAAAAUAAUUCGUAUGUGCUGCUCGAGGUGAUCAAGGCUGAACACAAGAACGGCGGCCGACACUAUGGCAUCUUGCCCGGUAAGGCGUUGCAGCUGCACCAGGAGAAGAUGGAAGAGCUUAUCGAGGCCCUGCCGGCUCUUGAGCGGCAUAUCGCGGCAUAUAUAGACUUUGAAGUCUAUUUCAAACAGAGGGCUGACCGUCUCUCGAGCGUGCUCUUUGCCCUGAUGACGCACGAAGACGCCAACGCCAGCAUCGGGCUCGCGGCAGCGACUAGAAACGACAGUGCCUCCAUGAAGACCAUCGCCAUCAUGACCAUGGCCUUUCUACCGGCCACCUUCUUCGCCGCUCUCUUCUCGAUGCCGUCUUUGCGAUGGGACCAGCCAGCUGUCGUGCAGGACAGGUUCUGGGUGUACUGGGCCUUUACCGUACCAACCACCAUCGCUGUCUUUCUGGUUUGGCUGCUGAUUACCAAGCGGAAGUGGAUAUUCAGGGGCAUUGGUGGUUUGUUGAUGAAGCAUGGUGUUGGGGUUCAACACGUAAACAUGAAAUAGGGUGAUGUUGUAUUUUGGUUCGUUGUCAUGGCAAUAGAUAUAUUGGUUGUAUCAUGUAGGUACCUCCUUAACUACACCAACCUUACCUAGGUCAGAGGUAAGGUAGCUACUGCACAGCCUGUUAUCACGUUAGCAACCUUGGAACUCCCACUACCUACUCUACUC